AUGGGUCCUUCUCUGAGAGGUCAUACCUCGAUGACCUCGAUGGCUCGUCCUCAAACCCGAGAUACCAAUCGCCCGAUCACUAGAGAACAAGUCGACAACACAAUCGUCCCCAGCCGGACAUCGUCUCUUCAUUCACGCAUCACCCAACCUCUACCGUCGAGUCUGGCAAAGACAAACAACAGACCCACACCGAAAACUUUGACGCAUGCGUACAUGGUAUGUGGUGUUGGAAGGGAACCGUCGCAAUGGGUCAAGGCACCACCUCCAUCGCAUGGGAAAAUCCAACAUAUGAAAGGCGCGGUUGGCCAGUUCUGGCUUCCGGAGAUACUGGGGAGCAGUCCUCGACUAGAGAGCGACAACGAGAUUGCACGAGCGCUGCACAGCGCCAUGAGGGCUUGCUUUCCCCAUGAUGUCGAAAUCUGCACUGGUCGAAGCCAGCCGCACUGUGUCCACCACGCCUUUGUUCUCCAACAGGAUUCCCAACAUACCUUGUACGGCAUUGCCCUGCGAGUCUGGUCCCGAGCAGACGAGAAGCGUGCCGAGACCAUUCGUGAGCUUCGCCGCAAGACCGAACCCGAUUAUAGAGAUACUGCCGAUGAGACUUACUGGAUCCCCUACUGCUUGAGUUUCCUUUCGAGGUAUCCUCUAUACAAUCUUCUCGGCGACUACCUUCGCGGAAUGUGGAUUCAUUGGAACAAGGCCACCAACCUUUUCCACGCCGAAGAGGUCUCCCGGAUUCUCAGUUUCCCUGCACCCAGGCUCAACGAUCUGGUCCGCAUCGACAUGAAGGAUUACGCCCUCUGCUAUCAGUUUCCCUCGUCGCCUACUGGUUUCCAGAAUUUUGCCAUGUGGCCCCUAUUCACCUGCCUGAGCAUCCCCAAUAUCGUCGGGCUCCUGGAGGCGGCCGUUUCACCCACUCGACGGAUCAUCCUUACAAGUCAUCACCCGGCAAUGCUUACCAUCGCAGCCGAGACCGUCAGAUUCUGUGUCCGAGUCUACGAGUGGAGCGGGCUCUACGUUCCAGUGGUUCACGCACGAAAUGCCAGUGAGAUGGUCCAGGAGCCAGGCCCAUACAUUCUAGGCAUCACGACCGAGUGCCGAUCACUGUUCCAACCGCCCAAGGAUGCCUUGUUGGUCGACUUGGACCGAAAUCUCGUCAUCACGGAUCACCCCCCCAAUAUCUUGACAGCCGGCCAGCGCACCAAGAUGAUCAAUCGCCUCAUUCAAGCCUUGAACUCCGAUGUGGAGAUCAGUGGUGUUCCACAACAUCUCAAGUCGGCUUAUGGUGGCGGCAAGCUCAUUCCCGCAGGGCAGAUUAUUGUGCUCCGUGGCGAGGUUGAGAGCGUACAAGAUCCGUCUUGGUGGAACCAAGAUGCCGUCAUGGCGGUCAUGGACCAUGUGUGCGAGAAACUCGGACGCAACACCGGUAUGAAGGCGUGGUUUGGUGGGUCGAUGAAGAAACCCUUGAUGACCAAGAUUUCCAUGAGGCACAUGAACGAGAUUGUCCGCGAACGCAACCAGUAUUCGCGGGACGCUCUGGAGGCGUGGCAAGACUUUAUCAACCUCAAGGGCCGGAUGGAUACUGAACUUGCCAAAGUUGCCAAGCGCAACAACUACCUCGAACAAGAAGUUGAAACUUGGAAGUUGCAAUUCCAGAAGUUCCAGGCCUUUGUUGAAUCGCUCAACAAAGAACUGGCCGAACUUCGGGUCAAGAUCGAAUCCCACAAACGCGAGAACCGCCGCCUCACUGGACUUAUUGAUCAACAGAAGGAUGAUGCUGCUCGUCUUGCCCUCCGACUGGCCGGUACUGAGAGACAGCGGGACAAUGCCCUCGAGGCUCUGGUCCUGCAGCAAGGCAUCGCCGAGGAUCUCGAGAAAGAACGGUCCCGCAAUCGGAAAGAAAUUGCCGCCUUGCAGCAUACCAACCAAGCCCUGCAGAGACAGCGGGAUGAGGCCCAGCGUGUGGUCCUCCACCUGCGGUCACUCAUUACUGGGCAAACUCACCAUAUGGAACACAUUGUCCGGUCGAUCGGGUCAGCUUCGGAGCUGGCCGAAUACAUCCACGAAGGUUACGACGAGGAUGAGCUCGAUGGCGAAGAGCAAGAUGAGGACCUGGAAGAUGGUGAGCGAAGUCGACACGUGAGCAGUCGAGCUGGCAAGCGUGCAUCCCGCGUGGGAUCGGUUGACGGGCAAGAUGUCACGCCUUCGAUGGAGAACAAACUGCUUGCCAGCAGCAAGAGAGCCAGCAAGCGUUAUUCUGAUCUCAGCAUGUCGGAUGUGGCUGAUCGACAUCUUCGUGACAAGACGGAUGCCAUUGCCGACAUCAUCCGCAACAUUAGCGAACAAUGUGCCGCUGCCGUGGAAGGGCUCCAGCUCGCCAACGAAGCAGCCGAAGUGGAUGAUGAAGAGGCGGGGGAGCUUGAUGAGGCCGCCGGGGCAUCCCCUUCGACCAACCACACCCGAGAGGACAGUGGGAAUUUGUCCCCUCUCGAUCCUUUCAGCACCGACUCUCGCACCGGGACAGGCCAUUUGACGCCGCAAAGUGACCGCAGUUCGAUCCCACCCACGCCAGAUCUGGUGCACCAGCGAUCUAGCACCGCCUUGAGCAUGGCCAGUACGGCGCCCACCAACUACACCGCUCGGGAAUCAUUAAACCACAACACCCGGGCUGAUCGGACCAAGAUCGUGGAAGUUGAGGACGAGGAAGCGGAGCAGGCUCAUGCUUCGGCCCAGGUCAGCGGUAGUGCGAGUGUCAAAGGGGAGCCUGUCCAUGAGACGAUGAAGCAGCCUACCGUUCGAGAAGCGGUCAUCGGACGCGUCACAGAAGUCUAA